AUGACUUCCGCUAAUCCCCACGAUCACAUUCUCUCCGACGCCCUUGAGGCGGUCGGAAACACUCCAUGCAUUCGGCUGAAUCGUGUCCCGCAGAGACACGGCAUUCAGUGCGAGGUUGUGGCCAAGUGUGAGUUCCUCAACCCCGGCGGCAGCGUAAAGGAUCGCAUUGGCAAGCAGAUGGUCGCCGAUGCCGAGAAGAAUGGGACUCUCAAGCCAGGCUCGGUGAUUGUGGAGGCCACGAGCGGCAACACUGGUAUUGGCCUCUCAAUGGCGGCGGCGAUCCGCGGCUACCGCAUAGUGAUUACGAUGCCCAAAAAAAUGUCUCACGAGAAGGAGACGACCCUGAAGUCCCUCGGAGCC